UUCCAGGAAUCGACCUGACAAAUAUCGACCAGGCUGCUGUGGUCUUCAAAGGUUACUGUCCUGUGAACAGGAGGCCGUGUGGGGCUGUGGAGCGGUGCCCACCUGGGCUCUUCUCGACGAUGGGGCCGGUGUGGCUGUGGCUGCUGGUAGCUGAGGUCCUGCUUCCUGCUCAGUGUCAGCCAUUUUCUGCCCAUGGAGAUAAGAGUCUGGGGGCGCCUCAGCCACCCAGCGACCAGCUCCUGGAGCCAGCGCCUGCCUAUCACAAGGUCUCACCCACCAUUACUAAUUUUGCUUUGCGUCUGUACAAGCAGCUAGCAGAGGACGUGCCAGGAAACAUCCUCUUUUCCCCCGUGAGCCUCUCCAGCACCGUGGCUCUGCUCUCUCUUGGGGCACAUGCUGACACCCAGACUCAAAUUUUGGAGAGCCUGGGCUUCAACCUCACAGAGACCUCAGCAGCUGACAUCCACCAGGGCUUCCAGAGCCUCCUGCGCACACUUGACCUGCCCAGCCCCAAACUGGAACUGAAACUGGGACAUUUUCUGUUCUUAGACGGACAACUGAAGCCCCAGCAGCAUUUUCUGGACAGCGCCAAAGACCUGUAUGGAGCGCUGGCUUUUUCAUCCAACUUCACAGAUGCAGCUGCCACCGGGCAGCAGAUCAAUGACCUGGUGAGGAAGCAGACCUACGGACGGGUGGCAGGUUGUCUCCCGGAGUUUGGCCAUGACACCCUUAUGGUCCUCUCAAACUACAUCUUCUUCAAAGCCAAGUGGAAGCAUCCCUUUGAUCGCUACCAGACCCGGAAGCAGGAGAGCUUCUUCCUGGACCAGAGGGCACCACUCCACAUCCCCAUGAUGAGGCAGAAGGAAAUGCACAGGUUCCUAUACGACCAGGAGGCAUCCUGCACCGUCCUCCAGAUCAAGUACAGUGGCACCGCCCUGCUGCUGCUGGUGCUCCCCGACCCUGGGAAGAUGCAGCAGGUAGAGGCUUCCCUCCAACCAGAGACGCUGAGAAGGUGGGGCCAGCGGUUCCUGCCCAGUCUGUUGGAUUUGCACCUGCCAAGGUUCUCAAUUUCCGCAACCUACAACCUGGAAGAGAUCCUGCCCCUCAUUGGUCUCAGCAAGCUGUCCGACAUGGAAGCUGACCUAUCAGGAAUCAUGGGGCAACUCAACAAAACUGUCUCCAGGGUGUCACACAAGGCCGUGGUGGACAUGAACGAGAAGGGAACUGAGGCCGCAGCUGCCUCUGGCCUCCUUUCCCAGCCCCCAGCCCUGAACGUGACAUCAGCCCCACAAGCCCAUUUUAACAGGCCCUUCCUGCUUCUUCUCUGGGAGGUGACCACCCAGAGCCUUCUCUUCUUGGGAAAAGUGGUCAACCCAGCUGCUGGGUAACUGCGGUGGGAGGCUACAGGGAGGCGAGCCCAGGCUGCACAGCAGGACCCCCGUGCUGCAGUUCUAAUAAAUCUGAAUUCGGUUGUGCAAA